CACGUACCUUAAGUAAUAUUUAUGAGCCAAUCCUUCAACAGCGGCGAAGGGGAAGCUAUGCAAACGUCCAGUAUUUCUGUUUUGAACCAGGAAGUAACGUGUCACAGCAGUCCUAGACAUUUGAAGAACACUACAAUGGGCUGAUUGAGGAGAAUCUAGACUGCAUUAUGGAAAAGUAUUUUGCACCGUGCCUUCUACUGUAUGUUAUCGCUGGCUGUUUUGCUGACGAUCUCACUUACUUGAACGGGUUCUACUCUAAAACGCCUCAGAGGUUGUCCAAAUACAGCUGGUUCGGUAAUGUUCGGCUCCAUCACUUCAGAGUACCGGAAGAUGCGGUGCUCGCGCGGUGGCUGCUCACCGUCUCGCGGGGAUCCGGACUGAACUGUGGCAACCAAAACAUCACUGUGCACUUUAGGGUAGGAGCGCCCCCGGUCAUCAACCCCAUAGAAACAACCUUUCCAAACUCCACAUCAGUGUCUCUUGCUCACAAUUUAACGCUGACCAUUCCCAGUGGACAGAGCGGCAAUGUGACACUGUUCAAUGUGACCCAUCCCAAACCUGGAGACUGGUUCCUUGCUGCUCACCUGCCCAAGGAUGAAGGGAAGAUAGAGCAGCAGGGACUGCCAUCUUGCUCAUACCUAUUUCAGGCACAGAUGUUUUUAAGGAGAGCUGCUGACCUGCCAAUCCUGCAGCUCAACAUUCCACUCUAUCAAACACUAACUACAACUCCAGCUCUGUUUAAGGUCUUUGUUCCAGAGUUCUCCUCCAGGUUGGAUGUUUUCAUCUUGAACUGUUCUGUAAAGCUGGGAAAUGAUUGCGGGCUGUCAAUCACUGUAGGCUCCAGCACUUUGAGGCAGGGCUCAGAGGUGAAACAGAACUGUUCAGGGUCAGAGAGCUGCUCCACAUCAGUCCUCAUUCCCCCGUGGAACAGCUGGUUGCUGGUUACGGUUGAAACUAGUCAACCAAACACCACCAUACCUUUCAGCAUCUCUGCCAAUGUCACAGUGGGAUGUAAACCUUUGAGCGUCUCUUCAGAUUUCAACACCUCAGCCUUCAUUCGUACCAUCAUUGCUCCCCAAAGCAACAGCUCGGGUGGUCUCAGUAACACAUCCGUUUCCAUAAGAGACCAACCAGGCCUUCGUGCUAACAGCUCUGAGCCAGUGUGCAUGAGAAGCCCUUCAGUGGUCAGAGAUGAACAGGAUGUGCUAUCACUACGCUUCAUCGUUUCCAGCAGCAACCUAACCGUGACCUCAGACCUUCCCACUGUGCUCACACUUGAGCACUCUCCUGGUGACAGUGGCGGCACGUUUGUUGUACAGCUCCACUUGAACACUAGUUCUCUGGUUGGUGGAUUUGCUCAUGUCAAAGCAUGUCUCACACCUUCAGCUCCUGUACUUCAUGUCAACCGCAGCCAGACUUGUGCUACAGGGCUUAUGCAGGGCUAUUCUCUGAGCGUGAGCAGCAAUGAAUCACAGGCACUGUUGAGGAUUCCGUUUCCAGACGCAGCAGUGUGGUACCUCAGCCUCCAGACCGUGUGCAAUGACAGUGUCGACUGCAGGAACGCAUCCGCAAUAGUGAGUGCGUCUGUGAGUGUGAGUGCGUGCAUCGAUGACUGUGGACCGUAUGGAGAGUGCAGACUGCUACGCACGCACAGCUACCUCUAUGGCGCAUGUGUGUGCAAAGCAGGUUGGCAGGGAUGGGGCUGUACGGACGGAGCGACUGCACAGUCGUACUCUCGGCAGAUGACUGCGGCUCUGCUCCUCACCCUCAGUAACUUUUUCUUCAUCCCACCCAUCGUCGUGGCACUUUACAGAGGCUACCACGUCGAGGCCGCCAUCUACUUCUUUACCAUGUUUUUCUCCACGUUUUAUCAUGCUUGUGACCAGCCCGGUGUGACUGUGAUGUGCAUCAUGGACUACGACACACUCCAGUUCUGUGAUUUCUUGGGUUCUGUUGUGUCAGUGUGGGUGACUAUUGUGUGCAUGGCACGGCUCCAGGAUCCAGUAAAAUAUCUAUUGUUUAUGGCGGGCACUCUCGUCAUUUCUAUGGCAAUGCAGUUGGACCGCAGGGGGCUAUGGAACCUUUUAGGUCCUGUACUGUUUGCUUUAGUCAUUAUGGUCACUUCCUGGGUUUAUCGAGGAGUGAAACGGCAUCAGUGCUACCCUCCGUUGUGGCGCCGCUGGGUGUUGUUCCUGCUUCCGGGCAUCGUAUCUGCAUUGAUUGGAGUGUGCGUGUACGUCUUCGCUCAGACCGACGGCAACUACUACUACACUCAUUCCAUUUGGCAUGUUAUGGUGGCCACGAGUGUGGUCUUCCUCUUACCACCCCGUGAAAAACACGUUCCCCCCUGGGGCUGGACCAACAAAAUCUGUAGCUACAGGAGAUGUAAAAAUGAGAAAGUAGAGCUUUACACUGUCACCUAAAUACACUGCUAUUGAAAUUUGCACAAACUGGAUUUUCAUGUGCAUUUUAACAGUUUUACAAACAUUAGUGGUUAGCUUUAAGCACGUCAAGCUUUAUCUGAAAGAUUCUCCUCUGCAGUCACCAGUACGACUGUACGCACACGAAUAACUACUUAAAGGAAUAGUUUACCCGAAAAGGUCAAAAAUGUUACCCAAACAUUUUUAUUGUCAUUCUAAACCCAUAAACCAAAUCAAUGGAACACAACAGGAGAUUCUUGACAAUUCAUAGCGACCACAUCAAUCAAGACUAUCAGUGAAUAACAAACUUAUUUUGGUCUGUUUCCCACACAAGGCUAUUUUAUGACUGCAGAAGGCUUGGAAUAUAGUGCAUUAGUCAUGUAGACUACAGUUAUGGUGCUUUUUGAUGAACAAAAACGUCUCCUUUUGUGUUUCAUGGAAAAAAAAUAACUGCUCACAGGUUUGAAUGACAUGAGGGUGAGUAAAUAAUGCCAUAAUUUUCAUUUUUUAAUGAACUAUUCCUUUAAACAGGAUACUUUUUAACUUUUCAAAUGACUGAUUUCACAGAGAACAACAGCAAUGUCAAUAAUUAGUGAAUGUCUUUUGACCCAGUUUACUCCAGGAAGCACUUUUGUGAGUUCGAAGAAUCAAUUUAUCAAUUUAUAACACUGCAUUUGUCAAUUUUUUUUAAAUCUCUUUUGAGAAAAGCACUACUGAAUUCUAGGUAUAUUCAGCACUUUUUUCAGUUGAUUUUUAUGAGUAGCACCACAUUGAAUCUGCACCCACAGAACUGGGAUUGUUUCUGCAGAAAUGAUUUUUUUUUUUUAAAUAACACAUUUAACUAUAGUUAAGUACUUUUCACAGAAUUCUGGAGAUUUUCUUUCAAAAUCAGCACCAGAAAUGAGAAAAAAUAAAGAAAUUGCAGAUUCUGUCUGGACCUACUUAUGACGUUAAGGAUCAUGUUGUGCAUUUUCAUUACUAGAGAGGACUGUUGUCUGUGUCUCUGAAAUAUUGUUUGCUUACACUGGAGAGCAGGUGCAAUAGUUCCUUGUUUAAUAGCCAAAAUUGUUUUACACUAUUAUUUAUACCACUGUCAGGAAUGUACAAGAAAUUACCUCCCUUCUUCCUCCCUAAAAGCCUUGGAAUUUUUCUUGAGAUGUUGCUCUUACGUUUCCGAGGGGAAGAACUUCUUAAACUCGCUUAAAAUUAUGUUUGCUUGAGCCAGUAUGUGAAAUUAUGCUUGUAUGCCAGUAUGAAUGGCUGUGUCUGCUUAAUAGGUUAAAGGUGUGUGUGUGUGUGUGUUUGUGUUUGUUAUGGGUGUCAGAUGUAUGAUGACCUGAUGUAUUUAAGAUGAACUUCUGUAUUGGUAAAGGCUUUACAUAGAUAUGCAUUAUACUAUACUUCUGAACCCUCAGGCCAGUUUAAACUUGAAGAGGCAUCUGUGGACAUACUUUUAAGAUUUAAAUUUACAUAGCAGCUGUCCUUUAAGGAUCAAAUGUAUGUAAAUCAGUGUCGCGGUUUUCCAUUUAACGUGAUUCGACUCUUGUUUUUCCAGAGGUGGUAAAAUGUUAACUAGGGUUGGAAUAUUAUACAGAUGUUUUACAAUGUUUUAUAUUCAUUUUGUAUUGGACUUGAAAUUGAAAAGAAAUAUGAGCUAAACCAAGAUAAAUCUGUGAAUCCCAAAACCUUUUCUUCUUUCUUAUGGGAUUUAGUUUUGAUUUAAUAUUGCUUAUCAUGACAAUCCUUGUUCUUCUUUGUGUCCAUUGGUAGCCCUUGUAAAUUGCACAAAUAUGCACUUGUGUUUGGGGUUGAGAAUGAGGCAGUGCAGUCACAGAGAUUAUGUUUAAUGUUAAAGUUUCUUUAUUGUUGGUUUUAAUCAUUUUUAUUUGUGCUCUUGAUUCCUGUCUCCUUUUUUCUUAAAGUGUUCUGUAAUCUAUAUGCCAAUAAAUUGAGAAAUAAAUAACUCAAUGAUUAUUU